CCCCUGCCCUGGGACAGCGCACAUCGGCGUAGGCCAGUGCCCGGGCGCCGGGGAGGAAGUGCACAGGCAGCUCAGGAGGAAAAUGGCCCAAGCUACUGCACCAGCAACAUCCAUCCAUGAUGAAGACUCCUCUGAAAGCAGAAUGGUGGUUACAUUCCUCAUGUCAGCACUUGAGUCAAUGUGUAAAGAACUUGCCAAGUCCAAGGCAGAAGUUGCCUGUGUUGCUGUAUAUGAAACAGAUGUGUUUGUAGUUGGAACUGAGAGAGGAAGAGCCUUUGUCAAUUCUAGGAAAGAUUUUCAGAAGGAUUUUGUUAAAUACUGUGUUACAGAAGAGGAGAGGGCUGCAGAACUGCAGAAAACAAAAAGUAUACCACCUGUAAACAGACUGACAGUGGAUAUUGUGGAACUGGAAGCUCUCAGAAAGUCUGUGGAGGACUUUUUCUGCUUUUGCUAUGGUAAAGCUUUAGGAAAGUCAACAGUGGUGCCUGUGCCAUAUGAGAAGAUUCAGAGGGACCAGUCUGCUGUGGUAGUGCAGGGCCUGCCCGAAGGACUUGCAUUUAAACAUCCAGCAAAUUACGAUGUUUCAACCCUGAAGUGGAUUUUGGAAAACAAGUCAGGGAUCUCAUUUACCAUCAAAAGGCCUUUCCUAGAGCCAAAGAAACACCUAGGAGCUCAUAUGACAGAUCCUUCACAUUCAAUUAUACCUCCAGGUGGAAGUUGUCCUCCUAUUCAAGUGAAAACGGAACCAAAUGAGGAUUCUGGAGUUGCUUUGGAAAUGGCAACAGUAACAGUGAAGGAGGAAUCGGAUGAUCCUGACUAUUAUCAAUAUAAUAUUCCAGGCCCUUCCGAAACAUCAGAGAUGGAUGAAAAAAUUGCUCUUGCAAAAAGUUACACAGAUUCUUCCCAGCAUGCCCCUUCAGAAACAAGUGAGGAUCCUGAGGUCGAGGUCACCAUCGAAGAUGAUGACGACUACUUGCCCCCUAACAAGAGACCGAAGAAUACCGAGUCAGCUAAUGAAGCUGCCAAUACUGGGAGAAGAAAAGUGAGAGAGUUCAAUUUUGAGAAAUGGAAUGCACGAAUUACAGACUUGAGAAAGCAAGUUGAAGAGCUGUUUGAAAAAAAAUACGCUCAAGCUAUAAAAGCAAAAGGUCCAGUGUCUAUCCCAUACCCACUCUUCCAGUCACAUGUGGAAGACUUAUAUGUGGAAGGGUUGCCAGAAGGAAUUCCCUUCAGGCGGCCAUCCACAUAUGGCAUUCCCCGUCUUGAGAGGAUACUUCUAGCAAAGGAGCGAAUCCGGUUUGUGAUUAAAAAGCAUGAGCUUUUGAAUUCAACACGAGAAGAUGUGCCACUGGACAAACCAGUUGCAGGAGUGAAAGAGGAGUGGUAUGCCAGAAUCACCAAACUGAGGAAGAUGGUAGAUCAACUCUUCUGUAAAAAGUUUGCUGAGGCCUUGGGGAGCACUGAACCAAAAGCUGUUCCAUACCAGAAAUUUGAGGCCCAUCCUACUGACCUCUAUGUUGAAGGGCUGCCAGAGAACAUCCCUUUUAGGAGUCCCUCCUGGUACGGAAUCCCUCGCCUUGAAAAAAUAAUUCAAGUGGGCAACAGAAUAAAAUUUGUGAUCAGAAGGCCAGAGCUGCUAACUCUCACUUCAACCGAAGUUAUUCAGCCCAGGUCGAACACCCCAGUGAAAGAAGAUUGGAAUGUCAGGAUCACAAAGCUAAGAAAGCAAGUAGAAGAGAUAUUUAAUAUGAAGUUUGCCCAAGCUCUGGGGCUUUCAGAGGCAGUGAAAGUUCCGUAUCCUGUAUUUGAAUCAAACCCUGAGUACCUGUAUGUCGAAGGCUUGCCAGAAGGAAUCCCCUUCCGGAGUCCCACGUGGUUUGGAAUUCCACGCCUUGAAAGAAUUGUCCGUGGGAGUGGCAAAAUCAAAUUUGUUGUUAAAAAGCCUGAGCUUGUUACUUCCUAUUUGCCUCCAGCACUGGCUAGUAAAAUAAACACUAAAGCAAUGAGUCCAAAGAGUUCAAAAAGGUCACGAAGUCCUGCAGGCAAUUCAAAGGUCCCAGAAAUUGAAGUUACUGUUGAAGAAGGUCCUAAUAAACCACAAACAACAGAUGUUCGAACUAGUUCUCAAACCAAUGGGUCCAAUAUGAGUUUCAAGCCACGAGGAAGAGAGUUUUCUUUUGAGGCGUGGAAUGCCAAAAUAACUGACUUAAAGCAGAAAGUCGAAAAUCUUUUUAAUGAAAAAUGUGGGGAAGCGCUGGGGCUGACUGAACCAGUGAAGGUGCCGUUUGCAUUGUUUGAAUCCUUCCCGGAGGUUUUCUAUGUGGAAGGACUACCUGAGGGGGUGCCAUUCCGCCGACCUUCUACUUUUGGAAUUCCAAGACUAGAGAAGAUCCUGAGAAACAAAUCUAAGAUAAAAUUCAUUAUUAAAAAGCCUGAGAUGUUUGAAGCAGCUGUUAAGGAAAAUUCUGCUAGAAGCCCCCAAAGAAAAAAUAAUUCAUCUAAUAUAGCCAAUACAGCAAGCACCACAACAAACACACUGGUGAACACAGCUGCAGGUGUUGAAGAUCUUAACAUCAUUCAAGUAACUAUACCAGAUGAUGAAAGUGAGCGCCUGUCAAAAGUAGAAAAGGCCAGACAAUUGAGAGAGCAAGUAAAUGAUCUUUUUAGCCGGAAAUUUGGUGAAGCCAUUGGUAUGAAUUUUCCUGUGAAAGUCCCAUACAGAAAAAUCACUAUCAACCCUGGCUGUGUGGUGGUGGAUGGGAUGCCUCCUGGUGUGGCAUUUAAAGCUCCCAGUUAUCUGGAAAUCAGUUCGAUGAGGAAGAUUUUGGAAUCGGCAGAGUUUAUCAAAUUUACUGUCAUUCGACCAUUUCCAGGACUUGUGAUUAACAAUCAGCUGAUGGAAAAAGCUGAAGCAGAAGCACCACCAACAGCACCAGCAGCAGCACCAGUACUACCAGAGUCAGCUGAACCAAGCAAAAUAGAAGUAUCUGUAGGAGAUAUUACAGAAAAAGAAGAAAAUUCUCAAAUAAAGCAGGAACCGGACCCAACGUGGUAGACCUCUUCAGUACUGGUCAGAAGCAUCCAGUUCUGAGAAGAGCCUGCUGGGACUGUCUUGAGCUGUGUAAUAUAACUGUAUAAGAGAAGUACCUUCUAUACAAACCCUUUUUGUACUUUUAGAUAGAAAUGUCUACUUUUUCAGCAGUUCUGUGAAUUGACUUAAAGCAAAGAAUGACUGUAGAUUUGGAAUGGCUGGUUUUACUUUGGAAUAUAUUAUAAGGACUAAAAUUCGAUGCAGCAAUGCUCGGGAGAUGACAGGGAUUAAAAUCAACAGGGACUUAACAGAGGCUGUCUACAUUUCCCAGUGAAGCUGAAUUUCACCGUACCUGAAUGCAUCUCAGCUUUUGUAAUGAAGAAGAAUUCCUGCAAGUAGUUCAGUUUGUUAGUUUUACUUUGGGGGAGGAAAAAAACAAAAACAUUGCUUUUUGGUUCUUACUCCUUUAAUGGCUGAUUGGACAAUAGUAUCUGUAUAUUUGAACUAAUUUUUCCUAUGAUAUCUAUCACAAUUCAUAUGUUUUUCAUAAAUAAAAGAUAAACUGGUUCACUUGACCGUUAGUACGCAUUAAUGAGAUGGACUGUGAAAUGGUCAGUAUUUCAGUGUGUGGAUUAGGAACCAAUUUAAAUUAAACCCUGUUAAAGUUUGUUCCAUUAAUUCAAAGUAGUAAGUGCAUGCUUUAUCAGAAUAUCACAUGGUUUAUGUAUGAUGGGUCUGGCCUUGCAGUCCUAACGUAGGCAAAACUCGCAUGGACCUGAGUGAGAGCUUUUCUCCUGAAGGCUGUGGGAGAUGCCCUUCUGUUCAUCUAGAACUAGUUAUGGAAACAUACGCUACAAGCUGCUGUAAGUCCUACUAUGUCAAAAGUUAAGUCCCCUAUAGUCCUGGUUACACCCCACAUCAUGUAAAAGACUCGUGCACAUUUUUUUUAAGUUUCACAAACCAUAAGAGAUGUAAAAUUCUGGGUAUAUGAUAAUCUCUAUAGAGAAGAUGCAGAUUAUUGUAAAGGUUUCUCUUUUAUUGGCAUGGGUUUGGGAUGACUGCGUUAUGCACAAAUGGUAAACCUUAUUCCCUGAUUAAGAAAUAAAGACCUUCUGAUGGUUUUCAUGACUGUCCAUGCAGUAUACGUUUACAUAUUUUACAACAAAUCAAGUUACAGCAGUAAUUCUGUAGGCAGGUCGAACAUGCUGUAGCUUAGUUACUCAUUCCCGCAAAGGAAGUAAGCUCCAGUCAUGCCUUUCAGACAGAAAUCCAGCUCUGGGUGGGUGAGGUUGUUGUAUCUUCAAGGAAAAUUCUGAAGCCUUAAAUUCAGUUAGAUACAGUGUCUGUUCCCUGGGACCAACCUGAAAUUCAGCAGAUGAAUUUCAGAGCAGCACACGCUCUGUCAUUCUGGAGGCAAGGGAGAGCUGUAGGAUGCGUGCUUAACAUUUUCACAAUUGCUCUGUGCAGAUCUAGGUGCUCCCACUUAAAUACUCAGACCUUGUGCUGUUGAUGUCAGUAGGAGCAGGGUUAGCCCCAUGCUGAGUCAUUUUGAAAAUGCUCAUCCCCAUUGUACUUUCCAGCUCUCCAGAUGGGAACCGGUGGUGACCGAUGCAGUGCUGCCUUCCUGUCUCGGCAAACAGCUGCUAUCUCAGUCCCAUGGGAAUGAGCCCAUUGACUUAAUUUACCUGUUGACUCUCAGCUGUAUGGGUGCUAUCCCAAAUCAUAACCACUGAUGUAUUUCACUGCUCAUUGCUUUAAUAGACAUGCUCAGUUAAUGUACCUCCAUAAACAGGUUGUUAUCAGGGCGAUGGCCAGUUCCGCGAUUGCUGCUACAAAUGUUUAGAAUGAGGAAAUGAGUUAAUGCAGCUUUCCCUGGGUUUUUAGCUGGCUCUCAACUUCCCCUUUUGAAAAAGCGGAAGGACGGGCCAUCCCUUCUUCACUCGAAGCUAUCUUUAGGAGGCACUUACUGCACAGCCGCCUGCCCAGCAAGGCUAUAUAUUGCUGAUGGAAUUGUUAGUGCUCCCUCAAAAUGAGGGCAAGGCAUCAUAGCAAAGGAACUGUGAAAAUAAGUAAUUCCAGCCUACUGCCUUGUCAAGUAUAUAACAGCAGAGUGUGGACAUCCUGCAACUUCAUGUGCAGGAGCUGAAAAAAAAAAAAAGAAGUGAAAACCGAUGCAGUGGUUCUUACUGGAAGGACUGGAGUCCUUCCGUGAUGCUGGGAGUCAGGGGGGUGGUGUGCCUUGGUUCCGUCCCGCUGCUGGGCUUACGGUAAUGCUGCUGGGUGCAUCGGCAUUCAACACUGAAGUGUCUUUUUGGUCUCGGACAUUUUGAGUUAUAUCCAGUAGAGAGAUAUUAGACUGACAAAAUAAUUGCACCAAUAUUUAUACCUUCCAAAUAUCCAUUUUAUAUUAAAGAAGUAUCUAUCUCUCUAUAUA